GUCAAAUGAAGGCUAUAAAUAGGGAGGAGAUCCAAUUGUCAUUAUUCAAUCAAAUACAAUACACCUGUUUUCGAUUCAUGAUGUCCGACAACAACAAUUCAAACAAGAGGGUGAGGAUCGGAGGGGCCGACAAAGGAUCCCUCUCACAAAGAUUGAGAACGAUGUUCACCGACAAGUCAGUUUCUCGAAGCGCCGGUCCGGCGUGUUCAAGAAAGCCAGUGAACUGUCCACUCUGUGCGGCGUCGAUAUCGCCAUGGUCAUAUUCUCGCCCGCAAACAAAGCUUACACUUUCGGCAACCCCAGUUUGAACGCCGUUCUCAACAGGUACUUUGGCAAAAACUCGAAUGCCAGAGCCAACGUCACUGACGACAUUAUCCGCGCUCGCCACGAGGUCAUCGUGGGCUCCAUGACGCCCGAGAUCAGCGAAAUGGAGUCGAUGAUUCGCGAUCUAACGAACGAAAACCGUGCGUUGUGCGAGGCCGAGAAAAACCGGCCUUCUGUUUCUGAUCUCCAAGAACUGGAGUUAGAAUGUAUGAAGAACAGCUUGGAAAUGCUUCGAAACCAAGUGGUUGAAAAACUGAACCAACUCCAUUUCAAUCAAUACCCCGCCGGGCAUUCUGGUUUUCAGGGGCCAUAUCAUGGGAUAAAUUAAACCAUGUUGGAGAAGGGCAAGAUAUAUUUGAAAUCAUGAGAGUUUUUGUUUUCAUAUAUACUCUAUCUUUCUUGUUAUUUUUAUUCAAAUUUGUUUUAUUAUUCCAAAAUGUUUUGAGAUUAUAUUGUCUGUUAUGCUUGUCAUGAUCGAAUUAAUAAAGUUGUUAUUUUUAU